GCGAGGAUGAAGAUUCUGCAGCUUCGGCAAAGUCGUUUGAAGAAGUCAGUCGACGGUCGCACGUCCUCGCGAUUCGGGGAACGACGAACAGAGGGGAACGAGAAAGGAGAGAGAGACGAAAGGGCCGCAGCCAAGCCGAUAGAGUCCUGUCUUCCACAAUAGGGCUUCGAUUCUUUCCGUUUGUUCACUUCGCCUUCUUGCCGUUCUCCGUUCUCGCCCUUCGUUCCGCUCGACCUGCCGAUUCGGUUUUUUUUUCGAUUAUCCGUUCCCUUCACUUCUAUUACGGGGAAGAUGCGCUGAGGAGCGAUCGGCGAAGGAUGUCGGUGGACGAGGCGCAUGGGGGCGGCAUGGUUUCCGCAAUCCUUUCCUCGGUCGUGCUUCUUCUCCUGUUCGGACGCACCGUGGACGCCCAGAGGAGCUUAGAGUUCUUCGAUCUUCUACCGGAGGACCCUAAACUGUACGAUAAAAUGCGACCGCCGAAGAAAGACGGACAGGCGACCGUCGUUUAUUUCCACGUCACUGUCAUGGGUCUCGAUUCCAUUGACGAGACCUCAAUGACCUAUGCAGCUGACAUAUUUUUUGCCCAAACUUGGAAAGAUAACAGGCUACGACUACCAGAAAAUAUGACAUCCGAAUAUAGAUUACUGGAGGUCGACUGGCUGAAGAACAUGUGGCGGCCGGAUUCGUUCUUCAAGAACGCGAAAUCGGUGACCUUUCAGACGAUGACCAUACCGAAUCAUUACUUAUGGUUGUACAAAGAUAAAACUAUUUUAUACAUGGUCAAAUUAACAUUGAAAUUGUCAUGUGCCAUGAACUUCCUGAUCUACCCUCACGAUACGCAGGAAUGCAAAUUACAAAUGGAAAGUCUGUCGCACACGACGGAUGAAAUGAUCUUCCAGUGGGAUCCUGACGUGCCACUCGUCGUCGACGAGAACAUCGAGCUGCCGCAACUGCAACUGGUUAAGAAUUACACAGCCGAUUGCACGCAAGUCUAUUCCACAGGCAAUUUUACUUGCCUGGAAGUGGUGUUCGUCCUGAAACGUAGACUUGGCUACUACUUGUUUCACACUUAUGUUCCUACCUGUCUGAUCGUUAUCAUGUCGUGGGUCUCGUUCUGGAUCAAACCUGAAGCUGCCCCAGCUAGAGUGACGUUGGGCGUGACUUCCCUGCUGACUCUUUCGACGCAGCACGCGAAGAGUCAAGCGUCUUUGCCACCCGUAUCGUACUUAAAAGCCGUGGACGCGUUCAUGUCCGUGUGCACGAUCUUCGUGUUCAUGGCGUUGAUGGAGUAUUGCCUCGUGAACAUCGUCCUCGGCGACUCGGACGCGCCACCGAAACCCGCGCCUCCGCCCGCGCCGCCGUCCUCCAGCGGCACCGAUUCCGCGAAGCUCGACAAGAUCUUCGACAUCGCCCCUAAGGAGAACGCAAUGUUGUUAUCCGGCCGAUCGCAGAAGCCGACACCAGGUCCACCGCCAGGACCCACUCCGGCCCAAAAGGCUCGAAUGCGCGCCUUGAACAUCGAUCGAGUCUCCCGGGUCUUCUUCCCAUUUCUAUUCGCCCUACUAAACGUGACUUAUUGGAUAAUGUUUGCCGAAUACAUUUAAGCUAUCGCGGAAAUCGAUUUUUUCGUCGAGGAGAUUACAAAGGAAACCGAAGAGGAGAUGCCUGCUGCGAUUGAGAAGAGACACUUUGAUCCGUGAAAGUGUUUCCGGGGGCCGAAAGUUGAUUCACGAGUUUCCGUUGACAAUAUUGUAUUCUCCGGGCUGAUGUUUCAUCUAAAACACUUUAGCUCAUUGAUCUAAACUACACGAAGCGCAUACUUCGAUUAUGAAUAAAUAAUAAUACUUUCGAAUCUGAAAUCCAGCUAAUGGAGAAUAAAUAAAAAGAAGCAAGAAAAAUGCGUGUUAAAUCAUGAUUGUGAAUCAAAGAUUCCACGUUCUUAUUUAAGUAUCGAAAUCGAAUCGUUUGGUGGUCCCUUUAAUAAAGAUUGCUAUGUGUUCGAUUAAAUACCGAACGUCGAACUAUUCGAGAAUCUAUCAAUUAAAUUAAUUAGUAGUAAACACGCGUUGUUAAAAGAUCGUCACGAGUAAUACUCUGCUCGCAGUUUUACGAUCAAUGAACUUCACUUGCGCAAUUUUAGAGUUAAAAUGUUUCGAUAUCGGACACCUGUUCCAAUUAAGCUUGAUCGGCUCUAAUUCGACGGCUUUUCAAGUAACACCGUGAGUGCAAACGGAACGCACUUGUACAGCAAACUAGUUGAAAUAGAAUACUCGUUUCGUUUUAGAGAAUUAGUACAAACAUCAUAAAUCCGGCCGAACUAUCGUCGCACUUCUGUAUACACGAACAUGCUACGCCUAUUUUCUUCUUUUAGCCUCUCGUGUAAAGGGGUGCCUCAUCCAAUUUAAACUUCAAAUAAAUUUCAAAUAGUAUGAAUGCAAUAACGUACACGACCGUAUGAAUUCCACUCGUUACAUCCAUUGGUUUGUCCGCAUUCUUUGAAACUAGCAGAAAAGUGUUCCACGUGUCGUGUGCCACUUCUUUUAUAAAAAUCAAUCUCACGCGUUCCCAAGGUUCGCCGAAAUGCAUUUUCCCUUCUUUCAUCUGCCGUUGAAACGCGGUCACCUCGAAAAGGUAAAACUCGCGAACGGGCACUCUGACUUUACGCGUAUGCUUAAGGGAAAACAAUGCACGAUGUUACUCACGUUCUGAUCAAUUGAAGAAAUAAAAAAUUUGUCGUUCAAACUGACAAAAUAGAAGGGAAUAUGUACGUACAUAAUUUGAAUUAGAUGCUCGGCGACAAACGAAUCCGCAAUUGUAUAUCAAUUUUCUCUCUUACGUCGUAUGUAUGUAUGUAUAUGUAUGUAUGUAUUUAUGUACCAUACUUCAAGUACGAGAAAUGGUUACGCUUGAAACUGAAAAUAUUUCUUUCUCUCUUUUUCUUUUAAUUGGCAGUUACUAAUUACAAGUGAGUGCAAUUAGUAUUGGAUUAAAAAUAUGGAUUAAUUUAUGAAAUCCAAUUACUGGUAGAUGUUUGGAAUAUGUAUUUUCUUGAUCCAUGUGUAUUUAAUUAUUUCAGUCCGCGUAAUAUUUUUUCGCAAUUCCGCGCUAUCGAUGACAUUAUUGCGUCUCUUAAAAUACGAUUGCUUCCGCAUUACAAGUGAAAUGAAAGUUUAGUCGAAAUUCAAAGAAAUUCAUUAUAGACGAUAGAUAUUUAAUUAAUCUAUACAUAUUACGCUACCGUUAAUUGCUAGCUUUUUGAAUGCUAUAAAAAAUACGAAAAUUAAAAAGGCAACACCCAACUAUAAAUACGUACUUGUAACUAUCGAAUUCAAAGCAACGUUGAGAAAAGAAAAUGAUAAAAUUUAUUAGUAACUAAAUAUGUAAACGAUUGCAUUAUAAUGUCACGUUUCUUUUAGAGCGAAAUCAUUCUCAAGCACAUUGUACAUUACAUUGUAUUUAAUAUAAGAAUAACGUCGUCUAUACAGAUUAAAUUGAUAAUAAGAAUUA